GUCCAAUACACGCAUCAUGAGCAACAAUCCAAUAAGCGAGUCCAAACUGCAGGAAUACUACGAGGUGGCGCUAGAUCUCGUCAAGAAAUGUGGUCCACUCUUAAUGGAAGGUUACUCCAAGCCGAAGACCGAUUACGUUGUCAAGUCAGACUUCUAUGAUUUGCUCACAGUGUACGAUAAACAGAUCGAGGACACUCUAAUUGAGGGACUGCAAAAAGCUUUUCCCGAAUCAUUAAUCAUUGGCGAGGAAGAGUCAGCGGCAGCGCAUCGCCAGGCGGAGUUGACAGAUGCCCCAACUUGGAUCAUUGAUCCCAUUGAUGGCACCACGAAUUUCAUUCAUCGCAUUCCACAUUGCUGCAUCUCUGUUGGAUUGGCCAUUAACAAAGAACUAGUUGUUGGCAUCAUUUACAAUCCCCCGGCCAAUGAAUUGUUCUCAGCGUGGAAGGGUCACGGUGCCUACUUGAAUGAAAAUCCCAUUCACACCUCCAAAGUAACCAAGAUCAAGCAAGCGAUUAUCGCCUAUGAAAUCACAUUGAUAAGUGCAGCAUUUGUGCGAGACAAGAACAUGAAACGGAUUUACAAAUUGGGCUCAAAUGCUACUGCCACCCGCAGCUUUGGGAGCGCUGCACUCGAUGCGGCUUAUGUGGCAGUGGGUCAAUGUGAUGUCUUCCACGUUGAGGAUCUCAAGCCCUGGGAUAUUGCAGCGGGUGCUGUCAUUCUAACCGAAGCGGGAGGUUCCAUUUAUCAUACCAAAGGUGGUAAAUUCGAUAUAAUGCAAUCCUAUUUGAUCUGUGGAGCCACAGAAGAGUUGACUCAAGAAGCCAUCAAAUUGAUUGAGGAAGCCGAUCAAAUUACGGAAUACACAUUUAAGUAAUAAAUGAAAAACUUUGUAUCGCUUAA